AUGGAUCCACCGCCACCUUUGCCACCGCCUCCCACCACCAAUGCACCACUCGAAUCUGCCGCCGCCGCCACCAACCAGCCAGAUUCUGCCAAUUCUUCCCCACGCUCCCGUCACGACACUUGGGAUGAGCCUCUACCAAUUGUCCCCGACUCCAAGCUCCGCCUCAUGUGCAGCUACGGCGGCCAUAUCAUCCCUCGUCCCCAUGACAAGUCCCUCUGCUACAUUGGCGGAGACACCCGCAUUGUGGUGGUGGACCGCCGCUCCUCACUGGAAGACUUCCUUUCCCGCCUCUCUCAUUCCCUCCUUAAUGGCCGCCACUUCACCCUCAAAUAUCAGCUCCCAAAUGAAGAACUGGAUUCUCUUAUUUUAGUCUCCACUGACGAAGACUUGGAGAAUAUGAUUGAAGAAUAUGACCGCACCACCGCCGCAUCGCCGUCGAAACCCUCCCGUCUCCGUCUCUUUCUAUUCCCUUCCAUGCCAGAAACCGCCGCUUCUAUGGGCUCUUUACUCGACUAUGCUAAAUCAGAAACUUGGUUUGUCGAUGCAUUGAAUGGUACUGGGUUGCUUCCUAGAGGGCUAUCUGAUUCUGCCGCCGUUGAUAAUAUGGUUGAACUUGAUGGGAUUCAGAAGAGUGAUUCUUCUGCAAAUCUAGAUCCCCAAAACAAGAUUUUGGGUUUUAACAAACAGGUACAUUCAAAUUUGCCUGAUUCUCCUAUGGUUGAAACAAGUUCAUCAUUCGGGUCGAGUUCUUCAUCCCCAUCUAUGUCAAAUCUGCCUCCAAUUAAAGUUGGAAUUGAAAAUGAUAAUGCGAGAUUUCAUGAUCAGAUGGCUGGAUUGGAUGAACAAUUAUCGCAUGUGAGUAUUGCUCCAAAUGCACCACCACCGACUUAUUCAGCUAUUGGUGGCGCUACCACUGUGUCAUCGGUUGCUGGGGAGAACACGACCGCUGUCACCGCUCAACAUAUUAGUCGGGUCAUAUCGGACAAUGAAAAAUCAGAUCACGGGGCCCCAACUAGGCUUCGGAAGCCACCAUUGCCACUGCAACCGGUGCAACCAAAGCUUGUUGAUGUAUACAAUUUACCAUCGCCGGAUUCAAAGCAUGCCGGAGGGUACAGCCUACCAUCGCCGGACUCUGUUGCAAGUGAUAGUAGUAUUGCAUCGGCUCCAUCCCUCUCUCAGCAUCAUACAAUAUACCAAGAUGCAACUCAACUUGCUAGCAUGGAAAACCGAGUUCCCACCCCCAUGACUGAUCACAACACCACCAAUCAAGAUCCACCCCCUCAGUAUCCCGUGCAGCAAUUUUCCGAUUCCUUGUCAAUCCCAACUCUACAUCAGAAUCAACAGUUUAUACACCCUGGCGCACAUUAUAUCCCCCAUCCCGCUGCAAAUCCACUGCCUUUGUCGUCAUACUAUCCAAUGUAUUUGCCUCAAACACAGCAACCCCUUCAAACCGAUCCACAGUAUCAGAUGUACUUAUUGCCCGUUAAUCAAUCUCAGCCUUACAAUUUGAGUGGAGUUGUACCAUCUAAUAUUGCUGAUUCUACUAUUGUUGCCUCGAGUAGACCAUUAACACCUCCUCUCAACCAUAUGGCUCCUUCUGGUGCAACUUACAGUGAAACCAUCCCAUCUGCCUAUCCAACGACAGCGGCAACCACCAUGUCAAAACCCGAGAUGGCUUCAAAUAUUUAUAGAACCAUGGCCACAGGCAGUCCAAUGUUAGUUCAAGUUCCGUCCCAUCAAUUUCAUCAACAGUACAUUGGUGUUUCUCAAAUUCCUAAUCAAUCACAGUCCACUGUUACUGCUGCUCCCGCCACUGCUAAUUAUGCGCCUGAAUAUUCUCAUCUGGCAAACGAGCAGGUAUACUAUGCUCAACAGCCUCCGGUGCCUUCUCAAUACCAUACUAUGACUCCGGCAGCUGCAGUAAUGUUAUCACAGGUUUCGACUCAAGUGCCUACGGACAAUACUGCAAAUCAAAUUAGAACCUCGUGA